UGGUAUACACGGAAAGAUUGACUUUGAAUAGAAGGAAUCAACGUUGACUUUUUACGAUUCUUCCCAAUUUCUUCUUCUUCCCGGUUCUGCGAGUUUUCUGUUCAUCUAAAUUCUCGGAAUCUGGGGAUAGUUUUUUUUUUUUUUUUUUUUAAUUUUCCCCCGGUGUGCCUCUCUCCCGCCGGGAAACUCUUAAAGGAUUGAUCUAAUUUGUGUUAUUCUUCCUUCUGUCUUCGUAGAUUUUUGUGGGAAUUAUUAUUUUUCAUUUGUGUAUUCGGUCAAAAAUGGGAACUCCGGAAUUCCCAGAUCUGGGGAAACACUGCUCCGUCGAUUAUUGCAAACAGAUCGAUUUCUUGCCUUUCACUUGCGAUCGCUGCCUUCAGGUGUUUUGUCUGGAUCAUCGUAGCUAUAUGAAACACGAUUGUCCAAAAGGAAACAGAGGAGAUGUCACUGUGGUCAUUUGUCCAUUAUGUGCUAAAGGAGUAAGGUUAAACCCUGACGAAGAUCCCAACAUCACCUGGGAGAAACAUGUUAAUACGGAUUGUGAUCCAUCUAACUACGAAAAAACUGUUAAGAAGAAGAAAUGCCCUGUUCCUAGAUGCAGAGAACUCUUGACCUUCUCUAAUACUAUAAAAUGUCGAGAUUGCUGCAUCGAUCAUUGUUUGAAACAUCGGUUUGGACCUGAUCAUACUUGUUCUGGUCCCAAGAAGACUGAAUCCAGUUUCUCAUUCAUGGGCUUCUUGAGUUCAAACUCAAAAGAAGCUCCUCCUCCUACAUCAUCAUCUUCGAGUUGGUCUAGUCUUUUUAGCAGACUCGGUAACGAUAUUAGCCAGUCGUUUCAGUUUGCGAGUGGCGACGAUGGUAGUUCAGAGAAAACGCAGGAGAGGAAUGGAAAACAGAAUCGUGGCAAAGUUACGGUUGAUGUUUGUCCAAAAUGUAGCAGAGGGUUUCGUGAUCCUAAGGAUCUUUUGAAGCAUAUUGAUAAGGAUCAUCGUGGCACUUCUAAAGCUUAGAAGCAGGGAUGUGAAAGCGGUUACUUAAGUUUCAUAUUUGUGUGAUUUUGUAUCAUUCUUUGUAACACAGCCAUGUUAAGGAAGAAAAAAAAAAAACUCUAUAUUCUUUUGAGCUCGGUUUUUUGUUUGUUCGGUUUGGUUUUCCUGGUCUACGAGAUAUAGCAAACCGUGAUGUUUGUCCAAAAUGUAGCAGAGGGUUUCGUGAUCCCAAGGAUCUACUGAAGCAUAUCGAUAAGGAUCAUCGUGGCACUUCUAAAGCUUAGAAACAGGGAUGUGAAUUGGUUUCGUAUUUGUGUGAUUGUAUCAUUCUUUAUAACAGCCUUACAGCCAGAAAAAAAAAAAAAAAACUCAAUAUUCUUUGAGCUCGGUUUUUUGUUUUGUUCGGUUUGCUUUUCAAGGUUUCCUGGUCUAGGAGAUACUGUAUAUAAAUAACAGACUGUGAUGCAAUAGGAUUUAAAUUGUUUUUUUGGGU